AUGACUGCGACAAACGGCACCUUGACGACAGUUACAGCUGCCACCACCGAUGCACUUACUCUCCUCGCAGCCGGUGACAACUGUGACUCCAUUGCCGCCAACUUCGAUAUCACAGUGGCUCAGCGUGUGACUGCUUCCACGACCCUUGCAUCCUCUUCUGCUUCUUCUGCUUCGCCCUCUGUGUCGUCUUCUCUUCCUUUCACCACACCACCGGCCCCCACACAAUCCGGCAUACCGGCGAACUGUGACGAGUACGCUGUCGCAGAGACGGGUGACAACUGCGCCACUAUCGCAGCCAAAUACAGCAUUACCGAAGCCCAGUUCCUCGCCUUGAACCCAGCUAUUUCGUUCGACUGUACGACCGGCUUCUGGGCGGACGAAGCCUACUGUGUCGGGGUGUCUGGUUCCAGCACUACCACAAGGACCCCAGCCACGCCUACCUCCGUGGCAUCGGUGACUCCCCCUGGCCCAACUCAGAGUGGGAUUUCCUCAAACUGCGAUGAGUACUAUGUUGCGCAAUCCGGCGAUAAUUGUGCUACUGUCGCAACCAAAUACGACAUCACCGAGGCUCAAUUCUUGGCCUGGAAUCCGGCCAUCUCCUCGGACUGUACGACAGGUUUCUUAGGGAACUGA